UCCCAGGGCGAGCCCGGCGCGCUCGGCGGCUCGCGGCGCGGGAGACGCGAAAGUUGCGGGCGCGAGCGCGGACAUGCCGGGCAGCGACACGGCGCUCACCGUGGACCGGACCUACUCCGACCCGGGCCGGCACCACCGCUGCAAGAGCCGGGUAGAACGUCAUGACAUGAAUACCCUAAGCCUGCCCCUGAACAUUCGCCGAGGGGGGUCUGACACCAACCUCAACUUUGAUGUACCAGAUGGCAUCCUGGACUUCCACAAGGUCAAACUCAGUGCAGACAGCCUGAAACAAAAAAUUCUGAAGGUGACAGAGCAGAUAAAAAUUGAGCAGACGUCCCGCGAUGGGAAUGUUGCAGAGUAUCUGAAACUCGUCAGCAGCGCAGACAAGCAGCAGGCUGGCCGUAUCAAACAAGUCUUUGAGAAGAAGAAUCAGAAGUCCGCUCACUCCAUUGCCCAGCUACAGAAGAAGUUAGAACAGUAUCAUAGAAAGCUCAGAGAGAUCGAACAGAAUGGAGCCUCCAGAAACUCGAAGGACAUUUCCAAAGACAACCUGAAGGAUCUGCAGCACUCCCUGAAAGAUGCCCACGCCAAGUCCCGAACUGCUCCACACAGCACGGAGUGCAGUAAAUCAAGCAUGCCCGGAGUGUCCCUCACUCCGCCUGUGUUCGUCUUCAGUAAGUCCAGAGAGUUCGCCAACCUGAUCCGGAAUAAGUUUGGCAGCGCCGAUAACAUCGCACACUUGAAAAAUUCCUUAGAGGAGUUCAGGCCCGAGGGGAGUCCCCGGGCCUACGGGGGCAGCGCGACCAUUGUGAACAAACCCAAGUAUGGCAGCGAUGAUGAGUGCUCGAGUGGCACAUCAGGCUCUGCUGACAGUAACGGGAACCAGUCCUUUGGAGCCAGUGGAGCCGGCACGCUGGACAGCCAGGGCAAGCUCACCAUGAUCCUGGAGGAGCUGAGAGAGAUCAAGGACACCCAGGCACAGCUGGCCGAGGACAUCGAAGCGCUCAAAGUGCAAUUUAAGAGAGAAUACGGUUUCAUUUCACAGACCCUGCAAGAGGAAAGAUACAGGUACGAGCGGCUAGAAGACCAGCUGCAUGACCUGACAGACCUGCACCAGCACGAGACCGCCAACCUGAAACAGGAGCUGGCCAGCAUCGAGGAGAAGGUGGCCUACCAGGCCUAUGAGCGCUCACGGGACAUCCAGGAAGCCUUGGAAUCCUGCCAGACACGCAUUUCUAAGCUGGAGCUCCACCAGCAAGAGCAGCAAGCUCUGCAGACGGACACCGUGAACGCCAAAGUUCUCCUGGGGAAGUGCAUAAACGUGAUCCUGGCCUUCAUGACCGUCAUCCUCGUGUGUGUGUCUACCAUCGCCAAGUUCAUCUCGCCCAUGAUGAAGAGCCGUUUCCACAUCCUUGGCACCUUCUUUGCCGUGACGCUCCUUGCAAUAUUUUGCAAAAACUGGGACCAUAUUGUGUGUGCCAUAGAAAGGAUCAUAAUACCCAGAUGAAGCCACUGGUCCCUGUCUCCAAGUGCUUUCACGUUUCUGUUUUAAAGAAAACUCUGUGCAUACUACCAAAUUUUAAAAUGAACAGUUAUGCUGACUAGAGACCACCAGGCCCGGGCUGUGCCUUGUAAAUAACUCCCAUUCUCUUCACUUAGUAGCAACUGCCACUCAGCCCCUGUACUUGGUGGACAUGAAUCCAUUGCAGAGCCUUGCCCGCGUUGCUCACUGCCUUAAUCAGACCAGAUUUCCUGCCCACCUGACUAGCCCAGCAUGGUAAACCUCUGUUUACCUAGCAUUUGGCAUAAUCAGUGUGACCCAUGAGAAAAAGGGUUUGAAGCCUCUGUCUCUCUCCCCUAAGUCUCUAUCAAAAUUGAGCUUCAUGGUUGCUCAUGGUUGCAUUUUCCCUGAGUCCCGUAAGCAGCAAGGCUAUGACAGGACUUGCGGGAGGGAAGGAGUACGGGCAUUGGCCAUGGGAGCGCUUGUGGCCUCCAGAAGCACAGCACAUCCUGUGUAAUCCAUUCUGCUUGGGCACAGGUGACACGAGGUACCCUGCGUUCCGAGUGGUCAGGUGCGCGUGGUCCAUCAUAACAUAGACAUCUCACAACACACCCGUUUAUCCUUCGGAAGUUGAGCUUAGAUGUUCUCUUGCACUUUAAAGGGUAAGACACGAAGAUUUAGGGGUAGGGCUUUUGCCUUCUUGCACCCAGGGAACCGCACACCUAAUUUUGUUCUAAGGGGCUAUGGAAUGGCUUUCCUACAAGCAUGUAGAAGUGCUUCCAAAUCCCACCCCAAACUGUGGCCUAAACAUUACUGUAGGGUCCUGUAAGCACUACUCUGGAGGUUUGCAUUUCAGCAAAUCUUAAUUGUGAUAAACCCCCUGUGAGGAUGUGAUUCUGCUUUAUUCACUGGCCUUGGGAGGGUUAUAAAGCUUACUGCACAAGUGAAAACAAAUGAUACUCAUGUCUUGGGUUUCUUCUUCUUCUUUCUUCUUUCUUCUUCUUUCUUCUUUCUUCUUUCUUCUUUCUUCUUUCUUCUUUCUUCUUUCUUCUUCUUUCUUCUUUCCUCCUCUUCUUACAAUAGAAUUGUACUUUAUAAAGUGAAAGUGCCCUGAGGUAGGAGCGCGCAGGAGGAAGACAGGACGUGUGGUCUGAUGGGGUGGCAGUCGAAUCAGUGGGAGCAGUUCACCUGGGUCAAGACUGAGAAGAUCCUCAGAGGACCUGUAAGACCAGCCAGGAUCAAAUCAAUUAGAUCCCGUGUCCGCACCACAGUUGUCCGUUGUCUUUCUGGGUCUCCCUGACGGGCCUCAGUAAUGGAGUGGCCACGCUCUCCCCCGGAGGCGAAAGCACGCAAGAGUUCACAUCUCUCACCUGUGUGGGCGAACGAGGCUCCUCACUAAUUUCAGCCCAGAUGCUACUUCUCUUGAAAUCUUUUUCUCUCUGUACCUAAUGGAGACGAAGAUAGAAGAUUUUAAUGGAAACUGCUGUUCAGUCCCUCCUUCCACCAUCCACUCUGUUAUCUGAAGGCGUAAAGAUGUAUGUUAGUGUACAUUUUCUUCCAGAAAACAUCGAAUCGCCUGGAUUUAAAUUAAGUGCAAUAUUUUGCGAACAGCUGCUCUUAGGGAAAUCUCCUGAAAAAAUGUGACAGUGUGCCAUGGUUUGAGAGAAUGGAAUAGUCGAGCAUUUGGUACAAGUCCAGUGUGUGUGAGACUCAGACUCAAGCUUUCUUCUUCUUUUUUUAACCAUACACUGAGUUCCGUGGUUUUACUAAAUUCACAAACUUAGGCGACUAUCCCCACUAUCUAAUUCUGGACUCGAGCUUUUUAAAGCAGUCACCAUCAUUUCACGACAUCUCUGGCUGUUCGUAUUUUGGAUUCAGGAAAGAAGGAGCUACCAGCCCCACCCCGCCCCCAUCCCAUGGCUGUGUCCCCUUGCACUGUCAGACUCUCCCUUGUUCUGCCAAGUUGGCGGUAAAUACACUGUGAUCCAUCAAAUCCAGGGGACAGAAAAAGAGCUCCAGAUCCAGGGAAGAAAGGGAGAAAGAAUGGUGUGCUUGCUUUUGCUUCUGUAUUUUAAUGGCCAGCAUUCCCCUUUGUCAGUCCCCUUUGUCCCUUUUGCUGAGGGCCCUUGGAUCAAGUUGGGUUCUGGUGGGUGCCUCUCGGGUUCUGUGAAUCUUUCUGAGGCCCUUUGGAUGUGCCGGUGGUUGCAGUGGACGAAGAUGCUGCCGUUAGUUUAGAGAGUAAGUGACAUGGCCAGCCCUUGAGAUUAAGGCUGCGGGAGGACCCAGGACGUGGACCUGCCCCACAGGCCACUGUGCUCCACUCAGCAUUGGCUUUGACACUUCCCAGACAUGCAGGUCAGUGUGUCUCCUCCCCACGGAGAGAAGUGGGAAAAAUGGAAAGCAGCGCACUCCGCCCUCUCCAGUCUGGAGCGGUUACAGAAACUGCUAGAAACUGGCUCUGUUGUGAAAUAGCCUAGGGUCUAAAUCACCCCACCUGAUCAUGACUUCUUUGCACAGAAUUUAUAUUUCCGGUGAUUCUCAUUAGAUAUCAGAUAACCUUAUUUUCACUUGGGUAGGCCCAUCCUACGUGGCUUAUUUAUUUUAGAGUCUUGUUGAAAGUUUAUUAAUCUUUUUAAUAAGCUGAUCUACUCCAAGGAGACCUUUAUUCUCUGCAGAGUCUAUUGUUCUCUUCUUAAGGAAUAAAUCCUGCCAUUGUAUGUUUUCUUUCCUGUGUAAGGGGACUCAAUAAAAUUUUACAAAUUAUUCAAUUAAAACUUGUAAUCCAGCUAGGACAUUUCCUGGAAUUGGCUAUCUACGCUUACGUCAACUAAUCCUUCCCCCCCCCCCCCACCUUUUCAUGGGUUGUAAACAUCUCGUACGUACCUAAACCUAAAGAUAAAAUCAGUCGUGUGGUGGGCAGGCACCUGCUCACUUAGCGAAUUUAGUGAUGAUUAAAGGUAUCAGACAUUGCAUUUUAUCACAGGAUUUUGUGGUGACAUACUAUUUUCAUGAUCACCAUGACUAUGAUAGUUUGCUGAGGACAAAACAAGAACCUAAAAAUACUCUCCUGUGGGUUUUGAACUGCUUAUCCCAGCUUAUGUUUUGAGUAUGAUCAAGCCCGAACAAAACAUCCUCCUCCUCCCACCCCCCAAAAUUCCAACCACAAUGAAACAGCAAAUAAAAGUACUCCAUUGCUGAUUUUGUACAGAGAAUAGGAUCAGUCCCAAGUUUCUAGCAUGUACCAUCAGUGGCUUUGCUUCUUUGAUCACCAUGAACUACAGAAAGACUAAGAUCUUCUGAAAAUCCCACCCCUUCUCCCAUAAGGCAGUUAUCCCUUUCCGUCAGUUAGCAUCAUUCUGCUUUGUCACUCUUGUUUUCAUUGAAAUAUCUCCCUGCUAGGUAUGUUUAUUGCCCUGCCAUUUCUCCAGCAUAUUAGGUUUAAUUAUGGGAUCAAUAACAGUGAUGGGAAUUGGAUUCCCUCAGGCCACCUAAUUAUUUUUAUCCUUUGGGGUUGGAAUUUAAAUACCAAAUGGUUUUGCAUCAAACAGGAACAUCUUUUUGUUGAAUCUAAGUAUAGUUGUAUUGGUUUGGAAGAGCAUUUCACUAUGCUUAUUAAGAUGAACAUGUGUGAUUAGACCUAUUUUGCAUAUUUCUAUAAUUGUGAGGAGUGAGCCAGAGGUAGAGCAAAAUGGCAUUUAAAAUUCAGAGCUUUAUCUGGAGAGAAGUGUUUCAAAAAGUUUAGCCCAUGUGCUAAGGAAGGAGUUGGUCUAAAAAGAUAAGUCACUGAAAAGAAUGAUAUUGGCCUAUUUACAUCAAAGGUAGUUAAGAAGCCAAAAGAUACAGUAAAUGCAAAGUUUGGUAACCCAGAAGAUACAAAGCAAAACUAACCUAUAAUUUUCUAAAGUCAGUGCAAUUAUCUGUUUAUAAGAAGCUGGAAAGGAAUGUACCUUGAUUGUUUUAGGAAUAAUUUGUGUGUUGCAAUUUUAAUUUAUUUAAAACCUGUCUCCUGUGUUUGUCCUAAGAGAAAUGUUUCAACAAAACGUGCUCUGUGUUUAAGGUAUGUUUAGGCAGUAGUUAGCAGUUCUGAAAAUGGAAACUAGAAAUGUUUAUUGUGAGGUGUUUUGCAGAAUUUCUGUUUUGUGAGAUACUAUGUAGUUCCACGUCAGCCUAAAAUUGUAAAUUCUCUGUAGAUUGUCAUCCUAUUCAAAGCAGGUGCCAUUAUUUUUUUAAAUAAACAUUUGAUGUUAGCUUUGAUGUUAAAUAAAGAGUUAGGUUUCUUAAAUUUU